AGAAAACCAGUGCUAGUAUGCAAUUGACUGCCUCCUUAGGCAAUGCACGUGGUUCACUCCCAACUCCUUUCUUACCUGAGGUUAACCCCCGUCCCCUCUCCCUCCUCCUUUCAGUUUCUGUGCUAAACGACAACUACUCUUACCCACACUGUUACUGUCUGUGUCUGGUGCAUAGUAUUCGCCUACCUGAAAAUUCUGUCAUCUAAAGGAAGCUUCCAGGUGAAAAUCAGCAGGGUGAUCUGGAUAGUGUGCAGCUGAUUGGCUACAUUUAAGGCCGGUAACGCAUGAGGCAGCCAGGCUGUGGCAGCCGAUAAAACAAUGACAGUUGAUUGCGGGCUGCACACUAGGCAGCGAGGAUUUUGUGGCCGCGGCAGCUGACAGAACACGGGUGACUGCACGGCAGCCAGGCAGCUGUGCGCAGCCAGUGGCGAGCUGUGGGUCCCACAAAGAGUGUGUGUGGCUGCCUCAGUCUCCGCGCACAUUUGUCCGAGCAGCUACACCUUUUUUGCACCUCGAGCCAAAAGUUACAAUGGCUUUCAACACUGAGAAAUUUAUUCAAGAAAUUGAAAGAUAAAGAGCAAUCUGGGACUUAUCUUGUGAGGAGUACAGUGACCGUGACGUGAAGAGGAGGAGAUGGGAGGAAAUCACAAAUAUAAUGUAUGAGGAGAAUAUGACGAAAAAUGAAAAGAAUGAAUUCGGCAAAUCUCUACAGCAGAAGUGGAAGACUAUUCGGACAAGUUUCAGCAAGGAAUUAAAACGCAUAGCAGGUGCCAAAAGUGGAUCAGCAGCUUUGCGUAAAAGCCCUAAUGUGUAUUUCGAGCAAUUACAGUUUCUUAAGGAAACUGUUGUAGACAAUAUAACUCAAGGUAGCCUGGAUGAAACUGACAUUGCUGAAAGUAACUAUGGGAGCUGUGGCAUACAAAGUCCUUCAAUGCCCAGAAAGAAGCAGAAAAGUAAUGACGACAGAUUGAUUGAUGUACUACAACAGAGUAUCGCACUGAAGGAGGAGUGUGAAAGGCAUCCAGAAUCUGAUUCAGAUAGACUAUUUCUGCUUUCAUUACUAGAAGACAUGAAAAAGAUUCCGGUACAUUGCAAGCUUACUACCAAAAUGGAGGUUAUUGACAUCAUAAAAAGAGUACAAAUGCUUCCACUGCGGGCUUAUCACCCAAGGCAAUUUUGAUCAUGCGUCAGAAACAACAGAGGCUGGAGCAUAUAGCCGUAGGUAUGAACCAGAAGCCUCGAGUAGACAGCCGUUUCAGCAUGGAUGCAUACUACAGCCAAAUGAUGGUCGAGCAGACUUCAGCAGAGGGCAGAAGGAAAGUCGCCGUGAUUAUUCUACGCCUAUUACAUACAGACAGGACACUGCCGCCAAGUACAGUGAGCUGUCAUUGCCCACUAACUCAACUGUGUCAACUCAGAAUUCUGAAAUACUUGAUCUAUUCCAGUCAUCAGUACAACUACUACUUUAAUAUUAAUAUUCUUUCCAAAUGUUGUU